UCGGGCCCUAACCACGCAACAAUCAGCAAUACUACUACUACUCCAAGCAAGCAUUUUCCUUACAAGUUUGUUUUUCUUGUAAUUAAUCGAUAUGGCUAGCUCAAUGUCCCUUAAGCUUGCAUGUGUGGUGGUGUUGUGCAUGGUGGUGGGUGCACCCCUGGCUCAAGGGACCGUAACCUGUGGUCAAGUCACAGGCUCCCUCGCACCCUGCAUUAAUUACUUGAGAGGGAAUGGUGCUGGUGCCGUUCCCCAAGGUUGCUGCAGCGGCAUCAAAUCUCUCAACUCCGCCGCCCAAACAACACCAGACCGGCAAGCAGCUUGCAAAUGCAUCAAAAGUGCGGCCGCCGGCAUUCCUGGCAUCAACUAUGGUAUUGCAAGCGGACUCCCAGGCAAGUGCGGUGUCAACAUCCCUUACAAGAUCAGCCCUAGCACUGACUGCAGCAGGGUUAAGUGAAGUUUUGGCAUGGAAAGUUCACCAGCUAGUGGAAGCCAAAAUAACGAUAGCUACAGAAUAAAUAUGGAUGUUAAAAUCCAUCCAUAGGGAUAGCAGAGGAGUUAUCCUAAUUUAGAGUUGUGCGUUGUGUACUAGGUCGCUUUUUGCGACUAUGUAAUAUUAUCUUUAUCUACAAAUUAAUAUCACUCAUUAUUUUGUGUUUCUUCUA